UGUUUUGCAGUUGGGCUGAAAGCAUGCGCAUGUUUUAUCGUUUCAAGCGGGGAGGAGAAUCAAACCCCAGCCAAUAAUAAAGCCUCGAUAUGAGGUGAAAUGGCUCUAAUAAUCUGUUUACAUAUCAGGUUACCGAUAUAUCAGGCGUGCGUUUACGCGUGAAAACGCGUCCCUCUGACGCUCCGUGGAGCGACGGGCGUUUCACUUCCCUUCAGGCGAAUGUCUGUACAAACAGUUUAAACAAAGUUUUAAACUUUCGCACCCCUUGUAAACAAAGCAAGAGUUGCAGGAGCUCGUUCGCACAUGGCAGGAGUCGGCUGUAAGAGCGCCGUGUCGUUCUCCGUGCUCAAGCGCUCGUUCUCCCUGCGCGGCUCCCCGCGAUCAGUGCUCACUGGCGGGCGGAGGAGUGCGCAGGAAGGGCGGCUGGUGGCCCGUCCUUUUCACCCGCUCCGGACUCACCGACACCCCGCGUAUGUGUGUUUCUCCUGCCAGGACUCCAUGAGCGAAACCCUGCGGACCUGCUAUGCCUAUCUGAACCAGACCAGCCGGAGCUUCGCAGCGGUGAUCCAGGCCCUGGACGGAGAGCUGCGGCAUGCCGUGUGUAUUUUCUACCUGGUUCUGCGAGCUCUGGACACAGUGGAGGAUGACAUGAGCAUCCCGCUGGAGACGAAGGUCCCGUUGCUGCAUGACUUCCACACGUUCCUCUAUCAGCCCGAAUGGUGCUUCACCGAGAGCAAAGAGAAAGACCGGCAGGUGCUGGAGGAUUUCCCCACGAUUUCAGUGGAGUUCAGGAAUUUGGGGCAGGAGUAUCGUGACGUGAUUACAGACAUUUGUCACCGGAUGGGUGUAGGAAUGGCCGAAUUCCUGGAGAAGAAAGUUUCUUCCAUGAUGGAAUGGGACAAGUACUGUCAUUAUGUGGCGGGUCUGGUGGGGAUCGGACUGUCCCGGCUGUUCUCGGCAUCCCAGCUGGAGGACCCUGAGGUGGGCCGGGACACGGAGCUGGCGAACUCCAUGGGUCUGUUCCUCCAGAAGACCAACAUCAUCAGAGACUAUCUGGAGGACCAGCAGGAGGGACGGGCCUUCUGGCCGCAGGAGGCCUGGAGUCAGUUCGCGGCCCGUCUGGAGGAUUUCGCUCAUCCUCAGCACCUGAGCUCCGCCCUGUCCUGCCUCAACCUGCUGGUGACCGACGCCCUCCGCCACGUCCCGGACGUCAUCGCGUACCUGUCUCGUCUCCGCAACCAGAGCGUCUUCAACUUCUGUGCCAUUCCUCAGGUGAUGGCGAUAGCGACUCUGUCGGCAUGUUACAACAAUCCUCAGGUGUUUCAGGGUGUGGUGAAAAUCCGGAAGGGUCAGGCGGUGACGCUCAUGAUGCAGGCCACAAACAUGGACGCCGUCCAGAGCAUCAUCGCACAGUACAGUCAGGAGAUCCUGCAGAAGGUUUCCGUCACGGACCCGUCCCGGGAGAAGACGCUGCGUAUUCUGAAUGUCAUCUGUGAGAAGAGCCUGUCUCCAGCCGCGCUGUCGUCCCGCGCGCACCACAUCUCCCCGGUCUACGUCUCGGCCGCUAUGCUGUUAGCGGCGCUCAGCUGGCAGUACCUGAACGCCACGGCGGGGCAGCCACCAGGGGGCGCAGACAUGCAGGGACACUGAGACAACACCCGAAAACCACCCCGAAAACUCAAUCUGCCAAACCAGAAUGCUUGAAAAAAAGCACAAGUUUGGGAUUUUUAGGUUUUUCCUAUUUCACUAAAAGUUGUUCAGGUCAUUUUCACCCCAGAAUCAAAUAAGGAAAAAAAUAAGAAAUAUAUUAAAAAAAAAAUAAAAAAAAAAUAAACAUUUUUUAUAUAUAUUUAAUAUAUAAUUAUAACUAGUUUCUAUCAUUUUUAUAUAUUGAAUUAGUUUUCACGUAUGUAAUAUGUAGUAAAAAUUAUAUAAAACUAAUUCAGUAUAUAAAAUAAUUUUUUUUUUUUUCUUUGUUUUUGUGGUGAAAUAUGAUCUGAUGUCGAGUUUUGUUGCGUCUUCGAUGGGUGUUUAUGUACAUUUGAGACUCAUUCGACUCAUUAUUUUUGACAACGCUGAGGUUUUUUCAUUGAUUUUCUGUUUUGUUCCAUCAAAUCAUCCUAAACGUCAAGCACACGUGCAGAAAAAGUUUUCAUUCCAGUAUAACAGUCUGUCAUUUGGACAGAGAUUUGUAAAUGUUCUCCAUUAUACACAAAUUUUCAAGCAGUUUGGUAAUUUAAAACUGUUCAUAACAUGGUUUUGUUAGGUGAUGUGUACAGAAUUGGUCAAAAACAUGUCUACGUCAUUUCACCCUAAAAUUAAAAAAAAAAAACAAAAAAAAAAACAUUAAGCCUAAUUUUUGGACCAUUAUUAUUUUUUGUUCAAUUUGCAUUGGAGUUUGUAUUAAAUUAUAUUAUAAUAAUAUACUAUAAUACUUUACAAUGCAAAAAAACAAUCAUAUCAUAUUAUAUAUUAUUAUAUAUAAUAUAAAUUAUUUUAGAUAUUAUUUUAUUUUAAAAAGAAUGCAUUAUAGUGCUUAAUUGCAUUUUUUCAUUACACAAUUUCUCAUUGCUGUUAUUAGGUUUUUGUGAAUAAAAUAAAAUAUGCAAAAUAAUUUAGAAAUUACAUAAAAUAUAAAUUUAAAAACAUAUUAUAAAUAUAUUUUAAUAUAUUAUAUAAAUAUAUUAUAAAUAUAAAUUAUAAAUAAUAAUAUAAUAAAAUAUAAUAAUUCUGAAAAUGUCACUUUUGCACAAACUUUAAAUUGUCCAAAAAUAUUGUUUUGUUUUUUUGUUUUUCUUUUGAUUUAUGGGGUGUAAAAUGAGCUGGACAUGUUUUCAUCAGAUUCACUCGUGUGGUUUGGAUGUUUGUCACUCAUCGUGUGGAUUCAGAUUGUACAUUUUCAGAACAUGUGUGUGUAAACAUCACAGGAGUUUAGCGUUAGUCAGGUCUCAUCUCAACACUGUGAAACGCUGGAUUAGAGUCUGGUUUUGCACAUGAAUUGGUCCAUUUUCAUUGGGUCAAUUUAAAUAUUUAGUCACUGCAGAGUAAAAAACCAAAUAUCUGACGUUUGAACUGCAGCAGACGACUGUAAAGUGCCCUUAAUAUUCAGCUUUUAUGUGGAAAAGCUAGCAAGAACUUUGUACAUAUCAAAGGAUCAGUUUAAUUAGCAUUGCUAUGUAAUGGGAGUUUGAUUUGUAAAUACAUUUAGAGAUAAUAAAUAUGCUAAAAAUCA